CGCCCGGCCGCCCCGCUGCCCUCCUUUUCCGCGUAGCGAUGGUACGGAGGGCGCCCUGCACGACCCUCGCCCUGCUCCUCUGGGUAACGGCCGCCUACGGCCGCCCCGACGGGCCGGGGGCCGGCGCUGCCGGCCGCAGUCAGGACGAAGCUUUCUCCACCGCCAGAUGCACCUCCAGGUGCCUGAGCCUCCAAAUUACCCGCAUCUCCGCCUUCUUCAAGCAUUUCCAGAACAAUGGGUCACUUGCUUGGUGCCAGAAUCAUAAACAGUGUUCAAAGUGCCUGGAGCCCUGCAAAGAGUCCUGGGACCUAAAGAAAAACCAUUGCCAAAGCUUCUGUGAUCCUCUUUUCCCCAAGAAGAAUUAUGAAUGCCUAACUAGCUGUGAAUUCCUUAAGUACAUCCUGUCUGUAAAGCAAGGGGACUGCCCAGCACCUGAGAAGGCCAGUGGUUUUGCAGCUGCCUGUGUUGAAAGUUGUGAAGCUGACAGUGAAUGUUCGGGAGUGAAGAAAUGCUGUUCCAAUGGAUGUGGGCAUACGUGCCAAGUUCCAAAAAAUCUGUACAAAGGUGUUCCACUGAAACCUCGGAAAGAAUUAAAAUUCAUAGAACUUCAGUCUGGAGACCUAGAGGUGAAGUGGUCUUCAAAAUUCAAUAUUUCCAUUGAGCCUGUGAUCUAUGUUGUGCAGAGGAGGUGGAAUCAAGGAAUCCAUCCAAGUGAGGAUGAUGCUACCAACUGGCAAACUGUGGCACAGACUACAGACGAGCGCAUUCGGCUGCCGGACACCCGAGCGAGCAGGUGGUACCAGUUUCGCGUGGCAGCUGUGAAUGUGCAUGGGACGAGAGGCUUCACGGCACCCAGCAAGCACUUCCGAUCCUCAAAAGAUCCCUCUGCUCCACCAGCUCCAUCUAAUAUCAGAAUUGCCAAUAUCAGUGCAAACAAUGAUGGGAGUGUAAAUGUAAUGAUUACUUGGGUUCUUCCAGAAGAGCCUGAUAUCCCAGUGCACCACUACAAAGUCUUCUGGAGCUGGACAUACAGCAAAUAUGUAAUCCCAGCCAAAAAAAAGAGAAGGAAGAUUACUGAUGGGGCCCAAAAUUAUGUGGUCCUGGAAGGACUUCAACCCAACAGCAACUACAAUGUAGAGCUGCAAGCAGUAACACGCUGGGGCCAGAUACGCCUAAAAAGCGCUAAGGUUUCUCUCCAUUUUAGUACAACUCAGGACACCAGGAAUAAUAAGGAACGAACAUCUUCUGCUGGGAAACCCCAGAAAGGACUGGUAGAUCAUUACCCAACCUUUCAAAGAAGAAAACCCACUCGUUUUCUUAAAAUUGGAAGUCCUUUCUAUCAGGACAAUCAACUUCAGGUCAAAGUAUACUGGAAGAAGACAGAUACCAGCAUGAAUCAAUUCCAAGUCCACUGGUUACUGGAGUCCUGUGUGCACAAUGACACCAAAGGACGUGGGAAAGUAACAGAGCUGACUUAUGAAAACUACAUGAUUCUGAAGGACCUGUCAUUUUCAUGCAAAUAUAAAGUAACUAUUUUGCCUGCAACUUCUAAAGGUCGUUUUAAGGCUGAGAGUAUUUUCUUUGUUACCCCAUCUUGCUCUGCAUUUAAAGAAAAAACCCACAAGCACAUUAAUUGUCCUGCUGAAGGAGUGCCAGUUCUACCCAAAGUGUUGGCCAAACCCGAGAAUCUAUCUGCGUCUUUCAUUGUUCAGGAAGGUAACAUCACUGGCCAUUUUUCCUGGAAGAUAUCCAAGGCAGACCUUCACCAGCCCAUGACAGGGUUCCAAGUCACUUGGGCAGAAGUAACCACAGAAAGCCGGCAGAACAGCUUACCCAACAGCAUCAUUUCACAGUCACAGAUACUGCCAGCAGAUCAUUAUGUACUUACUGUGCCCAAUCUGAGGCCAUCAAUGCUGUACCGCUUGGAAGUUCAAGUGCUGACAACUGGUGGGGAAGGGCCAGCUACAAUAAAAUCAUUUCGAACACCCGACCUUCCUCUAUUUUCACCCCACAGACCUCAUCUGAAGCAACAUCAUCCACAUCACUAUAAGCCACCCCCAGAGAAAUAUUAGACUGUUUCAGAUGGUUAUAUGGAUAAGAGAAAAAAACUGAGCUCCCAAAUGAAGUCUGGGAAAAGGCACGUCUGUAGAAGCAAUGAAACCGAUUUUCCAGUGGAAGUUACCUUCCUGUAUGAUCUGUAUCUACUUCUCUGUAGUUUAGUCAUGAAAAAUUGUAAUUGCACCAAGACCAGGAUAAAGCAUACAGCAAGUAUCAUUUAAUGACCACCACUAUUCCACAAACUGAAGACUGCAUACAACUCAACACCUGUGAGAAAAUCAGAAGUUUGUUCAUUAUAAUGAACAUUUUUUUUGCAUUUCUGUGUUUAAAGUAGAUUGAAAUGGUGCAGCAUAUGCAGCUUUUUCUCUUAGUGACUCCAACAUUAACAUUUGCAAGAUUGUCCUGUGGUGUAUACAUACUUUUGAACACUGGAGGCCAUGUUCUCAUCAGCAUAUUUAAAUGAUCUAUUUUACUAAAGCUUUGCCUGUCACAAAUUUAAGUCCUAGUGUAUUUUGCUAUUAAAGAAGAUCUCCAUAAGUCUGAAAUAAGGACAUAAGUAAAAUAAUAACAGUAGCAGAAGCCCUAAAAUAGUCAGUAUUUGGUAAUUGCAGUAUCACCACAGAGGAGGAUGACGAUACAUUUGUGUCACCUAUCUAUUCUGAAAUAGUAAUGUUCUUAUGUGUAGAUCUUCUGUUAACAUAGUUAAUAGCUAAAAUAUAUACAAGGUAGAUGUACCAUUGUAAAGAAACAAAUGGCAAUUGAUAGAAUUGUUGAAAAUUAAUGGUGAUUUAUACAAUUAAUUGAUAGGCCCUACUUUUGAAAUCACAUUUAUAAUUUUUUUAUAUGAUAUUUCGAGA